AAUGGUUUCAGCAUAUUCAGUUGGAAAUGGUAAAAGAUCCAAUGAAGUUCAAUAAGGACCUGAUACUCCAGGACCUGGAUAAUACUCUGGAGACAAGAAACAAAAAUACACUCCCCCAAGUUUCAAGUAUCAAAUCUACAUUUAUAUAUUAGGAUCCCACAAGCAUAAAGAUAAACGUUUUAACCAAGUUUCACUCCAGGACCAGGAGCAUAUGCUUCUUCCGAUGUAUGACAUUUAUCUAACUUAGAACCUACUCAAAGGACCUAAGUUCUCUUUUGCUGGCAAAAAACAAUAAUCUGUUACAUCUUUUUAACCUGGACCAGGAGCUUAUAAUUUAAAACCAACUAAACAAACUCCUUAAUAUAGUUUUGGUGGCAAAUAUGGAAGCCAUCCUGAUGAUUAAUAACCUGGACCAGGAGAAUAUUAAUUAAGUAAAUAAUUAGAUGCUCCUACCAUGAGGUAACUCUCUAUUCAUUAUUUUGUUAGAUUUCCUCGAUCCAAGAGAGACGAUCCUCAUUAAGAAAAAGUACCUGGACCAGGAAGUAUCAUUAAUAAUUUUAUUAAUUACAAGCCUAUAAACAAGAAAGACCUGAAUCAGCUCCCAAAUAUCGUUUUGGCAAUGCUCAGAGAAGAGGACUCUAUGACAAUGAACUUGGAAAAGUACCAGGACGUAUAUUAAUUCAUUAUAUAAUAUUAGCUGGAUAAUAUAAUUAUUCAUCAUAAUUUGAGUCUGUCCAACCUAAGGGUUUUACUUUAGUGUCUAGGAAAGAAUAAAUUACAUAAUAACUUGUUGUUCCUGGACCUGGAGCUUAUGAUCCAUAACCAGUUAAAAGACCUCCUUCCUGUAAGAUUGGCAAAUCAAUGAGAGGAUUAUAGUUUGCCAAUCCAAAUCCAGGACCAGGAGAAUAUGAACCUUAAAUUGAUACAAUUCGUCCUUAAUCUGCUAUGGUUAGAGUAGGAUCAGCAACUAGAAGACCUUUAAAUGAUGUAAAAGGAGUUCCUGGGCCUGGUACUUAUGAUUUACCUUCAAAAAUGGUAGAAGGUCCAUAAGUUAAAAUAUUGGGUCAUAAAUAUGAUCCUGUAUAAGCUCAAAAAGAUUAGGUACCAGGACCUGGUUAAUAUGAGCGUCCUAUUAUGUAAAGACCACAAUCAGCUAAGUAAUAUAAUCUAUAAGUUUUAGAAUUGGUACAUCAAGAAGACAAGAUCUAAAUUCUACUUUAGAGGUUCCAGGACCUGGAUAAUACAAACCUAAAGAUAAAUUAGGAGGACCAUGUUGGGGAUUUGGUACUGGUAAACGACCACCUUUGAAUCCAAAAAAUGAUACUCCUGGACCUGGUGGAUAUGAUUAAGGAAAUGAAUUUGGGUCCUUACCAAAAUAUGCUAUGAAGAAAAUACCAUGA